AUGCUGACGACCGGCUCCAUUAACACAUUAUCCGCGAAGUGGGCGGACAUGUUCAAGGCAAAAGGCUGUGGAGAAAAUGCUGAAGUGCAUAAUUUUUCUCAUCCGUUCGUACAGGCAGUGGGCAUGUUUUUGGGGGAGUUCUGUUGUCUGGUCGUGUUCUACCUGCUGCUGUGUCAGGACAAGCGCAGACCCACCCCUCAGAUGAACCCAGGCCAAAGCUUCAACCCUCUGCUCUUCCUCCCCCCGGCCAUGUGCGACAUGACGGCAACCUCCAUCAUGUAUGUGGCUCUGAACAUGACCAGUGCGUCCAGUUUCCAGAUGCUCCGUGGGGCCGUGAUCAUCUUCACCGGGCUGCUGUCUGUGGCCUUUCUGGGCAGGAAGCUGGCCGUGAGUCAGUGGGUAGGGAUCUUCAUCACCAUCAUGGGGCUGGUCAUUGUGGGCCUCUCUGAUUUUGUCAGUGGCAACAGGGACGACUCUCACAAACUGAGCGACGUCAUCACAGGUGACCUCCUCAUCAUCAUGGCUCAAGUAAUAGCCGCUGUUCAGAUGGUAUUGGAGGAAAAGUUUGUCUACAAACAUGAUGUCCAUCCAUUGAAGGCCGUGGGCACUGAAGGGUUUUUCGGCUUCUUUGUGCUGUCUUUCCUGCUGAUUCCCAUGUAUUUCAUUCCGGUCGGUAGCUUUUCGGACAACCCUCGGCAGGUUCUGGAGGACGCCCUGGAUGCCUUUUGCCAGAUCGGACACAAGCCCCUGAUCGUCUUAGCUCUGCUUGGAAACACGGUGAGCAUCGCUUUCUUCAACUUCGCCGGCAUCAGCGUCACCAAGGAAAUCAGCGCCACGACGAGGAUGGUCCUGGACAGCCUCCGCACGUUGGUGAUCUGGGUGGUGAGCCUGGCGCUGGGCUGGGAGAAGUUCCAAGGGCUUCAGGUGGUCGGGUUUCUGGUGCUUCUGCUGGGAACGGCUUUGUACAAUGGACUGCACCGCCCCAUCAUGUCCAGAAUACCGUGCUGUGCCUCCUGGGCUGGAGAGGAGGAGCCGAGCAACGAGGAAGAAAGGGAAAGGCUGCUAAACGGAGAUACUAUGAAGGUUUUUCGGGGUCCGGCUCGUCACGGUUACGCUGUCGAAGUUUCUCCAUUCAUCCCAAACAGAGUGGCCUGCGCUGCCUCUCAGUAUUAUGGGAUAGCAGGUUGUGGGACAUUACUGGUUUUGGAAGAUAACCCAUCUGGCAUUGCACUUGUUCAAAGUUGGGAGUGGAGUGAUGGUCUGUUCGAUGUGUCCUGGAGUGAGUGUAACGAACAUGUUUUAGUGGCUGCAGGCGGAGAUGGAAGUUUACAGCUCUGGGAUUCAACCAAUCGCAGCGCUCCGCUCAGAGUAGUCAAAGAACACACACAGGAGGUUUAUGCUGUGGACUGGAGUCAAACCAGAGGUGAAAAUCUUAUAGUUUCUGCUUCCUGGGAUAAAACGGCUAAAGUGUGGGACCCUGGUCUGAAAUGUUUGUCCACUCUCAGAGGUCACGAAGGGGUCAUCUACAGCUCUUUGUGGUCACCUCAUAUCCCAGGAUGCUUUGCAACUGCCUCAGGAGAUGGCACACUCCGGAUAUGGGACGUGAAGAGCAAUGUCUGUCGGUUGGUUGUUCCCGCCCACAAUGCUGAAAUACUGACCUGUGAUUGGUGCAAAUACGACCAGAACAUCUUGGCCACAGGCUCUGUGGACUGCAGCAUUCGAGUUUGGGAUUUAAGGAAUGUCCGUCAGCACGUGAGCCAAUUACAGGGACAUAACUACGCCAUCAGACGACUCAAGUUUUCUCCAUUUAGUAAAACCGUGCUGGCCUCCUGCUCCUACGACUUCACUGUGAGGUAA